AUGGUAUUUUUGAUUAAAAUGAAAUUAAAAGAAGUGUUUGGAGUUCAGUUCAGGUGUAUCGACAUCGUGGAGGCCCUCGCCAGCCAGCUGCAGCAAACGGAAACUCCGGAAGUUCUCACUUUUAAAAAAGUCAAAAAACAAAAAAAAGAAAACAAAAACGGCGCCCCCAAACGCCCCUACAACAAAAGACGCAAGUGCGAAACGCAGGAAGGCAGCAGCAGCAGCAGCAGCAGCAGCAAAAGCAGCAGCAGCAAAGGCAGCAGCAGCAGAAGCAACAGCGGCAACAGCAACGGCAGCAGCAGCAGCAGCAGCGGGAGCAGCAGCGCCAACAACAGCAACACCAACAGCACCGACACCAACAGCAACAGCAGCGACGGCAGCAGCAGCAACAGCAGCAACAGCAACAGCAACAGCAACAGCAGCAACACCAACAGCAGCGAUGGCGACAGCAGCAACAGCAACAGCAGCGGCAGUAACAGCAAUAGCAGUGACGGCAGCAGCAACAGCAACAGCAGCAACACCAACAGCAGCGAUGGCGACAGCAGCAACAGCAACAGCAGUAACAGCAAUAGCAGCGACGGCAGCAGCAACAGCAAUAGCAGCAACAGCAGCAGCAGCAACAGCAGCAAUAGCAGCAGCAGCAACAGCAGCAGCACCAACAGCUGCAGCAGCAAUGGCAACAGCAGCGACGGCAGCAGCAGCAACAGCAGCAGCGACGGCAGCAGCCGCAACAGCAGCAGCGUUGGCAGCAGCAGCAACAGCAGCAGCGUUGGCAGCAGCAGCAGCGACGGCAGCAGCAGCAGCAGCAGCAGCAGCAGCGGGGGAGAAAAAGAAGCAAAAGACCUUCUGGAAGUAGAAAAGGAAUAA